GGAUACGACUCAUCAUAUGUAAAUACCGCCUAUUGUAGGAAAAACGAAACCUAAGGGUGGGCUAACUCGCAGCAUAGACUCUACAGCUCAACAAAUCCCCGUGUUUCCGUUCAGGGAUAUGGCUUUUUAUCAGCAGCCACCUUUUUACAACCCGAUAAUCCCCUUCACUGGGUCAAUCCAAGGUGGUCUGCAGGAGGGGAAGUCUAUCACUGUCAGUGGACGCGUCCUACCUGGGGCUGACAGGUUCCAUGUGAAUCUACAGCGUGGUUCCAGGGCCGGUGCGGACAUUGCUAUCCACAUUAACCCACGCUAUGAAAGUCAGUAUUAUGUGGUGACCAACAGUUUCCAGAAUGGGAGCUGGGGCACUGAAGAGAGGAAGUACAACUCCCCAUUUCCUGCUGGGUCCUCUUUCACACUUGUCAUUGCUGUCGCCCGGGACUUCUACCAGCUCAGCGUCAAUGGCUGCCACUUUAUGGAGUACAGACAUCGCCUGCCAUUUCACCAGGUUGACACCAUCUCAGUGGGUGGAAAAGUGGAAAUUUCUUCCAUUGCUUUUCAGAGCCCUGUGUCAGCUUUUCCUGCUCAGCCUGCGUUUGCUCCACAAGUAGGCUUUCAACCCCAGCCUGGAUUCCCUUCUUGUCCAGCAUUUCCACCACAACCUGGGUUCCCAGCACAGCCUGGAUUUCCUCCUGCAACACCAGUGGUUCCAUACAGGUCUGCCAUCAGUGGUGGACUAAGACCUGGCAGGACCAUCACCAUCCAGGGAACUGUAUACCCAAGUGCCACAAGGUUCAAUGUGAAUCUUAGCCACCAGUCUGGCAUCGCUCUGCAUUACAACCCACGUUUCAAUGAGAAUGUUGUGGUUCGAAAUACCAAGCAGUGGGAUCAGUGGGGCUCCGAGGAGCGUGGUGGUGGCAUGCCCUUCCACCAGGGUCAGCCUUUCACGUUGACUAUAUGUUGUGAAGCUCAUUCCUUCCGAAUUGUGGCCAAUGGGAUGCAGACCCAUACCUACAAGUAUCGUUUCACUCCCCUGCAUGCCGUUACCUCCCUGGAGAUUGACGGUGACAUCAGCCUGACCUCUGUGAUUGUGUAGAGAUGCAGGACCCUGUUGCUGGUGGCAACAUUUUAAAACAUUUCCCUAACUAUAGCCACAGUAAUUAGCCAUUAAUUGGGAAAUUGUGCUAACUGCUUCAUUUAAUUAUGUAAUGUACAAGGUAUAAUCAACAUCUCUGCAUUCAUUUUAUAAUCGCCUCAUUCUAUAAUACUAUAUGCUCUAUAUUUCUGAAACAUAUUCACUCUUGAAAGAAACAACCAUUAUCGGUUAUCAGGGACGCCUAAUUUACACACAUACAUUCUGUCCAAUGAAAACAAAGAAAAACUACAACAAAAAGAGUAAACAUUCCAAGCAAAUGUAACACUGUCUAGUUGGAAGUUGGAUUUGUCACCAGUGUUGUAAACUUGACCCAUGUCCAAUCAUUUUCUUAGUUGAGUUUAAAAACUCUUUAUACAGUUAUUGGUCUGGUCCAAAGCUAAAAAACCACAUUCAUAGAUAAUUUCGAAUCACAAAUUAACCCUCGAUGGAUGAAUAACCGCUGCACCACUAAACUCAGGUGGUGCCUGAGUAUAACAUAGUUGAUUUUAUUCCCAUACUUUAUUUUCUUCUGAUCAUUCUGCGCUUAGAUCAUUACUAGCCAAUCUCUAUAAUAUUCUUUAUUGCAUUUCACAUGAAAAUGUAGGGUGGUCUUUUCUGUCUAAAAGAAGUGCUGCUUAUAUGUUGAUGUUAAUGUUUAUCUCUAUGACGUUUGUUGGGAAGCUGCUUUUGAAUACUGUGCUUGACAGGUUCUCUGAACCAUAUCCAACUUAUUUCAAUUACUUGCCAACACUGCAAUUCCCUAAGGUCUAUACUGAGCUUCUGUUAGUUUCUUUAUUCCAGCUAUAGAGUACAUAUAAGACUGAAAUAACUGCAGUAAGCAACAGGUUGGUGGUGUUUUAUUAUGAAGCUUUGUUGUUGUCAUCUUGAUAUUUUAAUGAAUAAGGACAAAGAAAUCCUUAUUCAAUAUUCCAGGUCAUGCCAUUUAUGCAAGCCACCAGGCUGCUUUUUAAAGCCACUUUGUGGGCUAAUCCACUGCUUUGAGGGCUGUCAAAACAUCAGAUAUUGUUGUGAUCCCCCAAGAUGAUCCCCCAUGUCAUUAAGACUCUCAUGUUGUUGGGAGCGCAGACUUUUGGUGGGAAUUUGAAUACAGUCUUCAAAUGUCUGAUAAUGUGAAUUUCCACUGAUAGUUAUUAGAUGGCUUUUACUAUG